AUGGAUUACAUGAACAGGAUCUUUCGGCCAUAUCUAGAUCAGUUUGUGGUGGUUUUCAUUGAUGAUAUCUUAGUAUAUUCCAAGUCACUAGCGGAACACGAACAGCAUUUACGGAUCGUUCUAAGUAUUUUGAAGGAGAAACGGCUAUAUGCCAAACUUAGCAAGUGCGAGUUUUGGCUGAAUGAAGUAAAGUUCUUGGGUCAUGUGAUUGCCCAAGAUGGAGUAGCAGUGGAUCCCAGUAAGGUGGAAGCAGUUCUAAAUUGGGAGCAACCAAAAACAGUAACAGAAAUACGAAGCUUUCUGGGAUUGGCAGGUUACUAUAGAAGAUUUAUUAAGGAUUUUUCAAGAAUUGCACAGCCCUUGACUAAACUUACACGUAUGAACCAGCAAUUCGUGUGGGAUGAUAAAUGUGAGGCUAGCUUCCAAGAGCUUAAACGAAGGUCGACCUCAACCCCUGUGCUGAUAAUUCCCGAUCCAACCCUACCGUAUGUUGUAUAUACCGAUGCUAGCAAGCAAGGAUUGGGGUGUGUAUUAAUGCAGCAAGGACGAGUAGUCGCCUACGCCUCACGACAGUUAAAGUCUCAUGAAGAGAAUUAUCCCACUCACGACCUAGAAUUAGCUGCAAUAUUUAUGCCUUAA